CCACAAACAUUUCGUUUCGUUUCUUCUCAUCACCCGCUAACUUAUCACAAAAAAACGAAAGAAAAACCCUUGCUUCUUCUCCGAUCAUCAGUCUCCUCCUCCUUCUUCUUCAAUUUCCCGUCCAACAGAGAGGGAAGCGACUCGCGAAAUCACGUCAUGUCGUGAUUUUUCACGAUUCCGCCAAACGAAGAUCCUGCUCGCUCGUGAUCUAACUCGUGGAUAGGUAGCACAAUCGCCAAGGCGUAACAUUCUUCGAUUCAGAUCGCGGUUGUUACUACCUUGCUCCUAACGAUGUUUGGUUCGAACCCUUUUGGGCAGUCUUCGUCGAGCCCUUUCGGCUCUCAAUCAGUUUUUGGACAGACCAAUUCAAGUACCAAUCCAUUUGCCCCUAAGCCGUUUGGUAGUACGAGUCCAUUUGGUUCGCAAACUGGAAGUUCCAUGUUCGGAGGUACUUCCACUGGGGUAUUUGGUGCGGCACAACAGUCUUCUCCCUUUGCUUCCAAUACAGCUUUUGGGGCUUCAUCGUCACCUGCUUUCGGUAGUUCCGUGCCCGCUUUCGGGUCUUCUUCAACUCCUGCUUUUGGUAGCUCAUCAUCGUCAUUUGGUGGAUCAUCCGUUUUUGGUCAGAAACCUGCUUUUGGAGGUUUUGGAUCUACUCCUACUCAAACAAGUCCAUUUGGUGCCACACAGCAAUCACAACCGGCUUUUGGAAGCAGCAUAUUUGGUUCCUCAACACCUUUUGGAGGAUCAUCUCAGCCUGCAUUUGGUGCUACAAGCACUCCUGCAUUUGGUGCUACAAGCACACCUGCAUUUGGUGCUUCAAGCACUCCAGCAUUUGGUGCUUCAAGCACUCCUGCAUUUGGUGCUUCAAGCACUCCAGCAUUUGGUGCAACUAGCACCCCUGCUUUUGGUGCUACAAGCAGCCCUGCAUUUGGUGCAACUAGCACCCCUGCAUUUGGUUCCACCUCUAGCCCAACUUUUGGUAGCACAGGGAGUGCAUUUGGGGUGUCAAGUGCUCCCGUAUUUGGUAGUGGAGGAGCCUUUGGGGCUUCAAGUAACCCUAUGUUUGGUUCAUCAAGCACGUCUGCAUUUGGUAGUUCAAGCACUCCAUUUGGGGCCUCUAGUACUCCUGCUUUUGGGGCCUCUAGUACGCCUGCAUUUAGUUUUGGAUCCACUCAGGCUUUUGGUCAGUCUUCUUCAGCAUUUGGUAGCAGCAGUCCAUUUGGUAGUACAGCCUCACCCUUCGGAGGUCAGAGUUCAGCAUUUGGAUCUCAAACUCCAUCAUCGACCUUUGGAAAUACUGGUAUGGGACAGCCAGGUUUUGGAGGUCAGCAACGGGGUGGAAGUAGAGUAGCUAGUUACACAGCAACAACUGAAGCAGAUAGUGGUACCUCUGGACAGACUGCAAAAUUGGAAUCCAUAUCUGCCAUGCCUGUUUACAAAGACAAAAGUCACGAGGAACUAAGAUGGGAGGACUAUCAAUUGGGAGACAAAGGUGGACCACUUCCCUCUGGUCAGUCUACUGGUUUGGCAGGCUUCAGUUCGUCUACAACUCAGACAAAUGCCUUUUCUCCUUCCCCAGUGUUUGGUCAAUCAUCGGCAAAUCCUUUUUCUUCCACAACACCUAAUUCUAACCCGUUUGCGCCAAAGAGUUCCCCCUUUUCUUCUGGAUUUGGAACUUCUGCCGCUCCUGCCUUCAGUUCAUCAGCUUUUGGUUCUUCGACCUCAGCAGCAGCACCCUCUAUUUUUGGCUCAUCCCCAUCUCCAUUUGGAGCUAACUCUUCUUCAGCUCCCAGCUUUGGGCAAUCUCCAUCCCUGUUUAAUACUGCUCCUGCUCAGACCUCUUCACCAUUUGGCUCAAGUAUUUUUGGCAAUACACAGUCAUCCCCAUUAUUUAGUUCUGCAGCCCCUCCAAUUGCACAAACAAGUUCUGCUUUUGGACAGAAUACCUCCCCCUUUGGGCAGGCUACACCUUUUAGUCAAUCAAGCUUGUUUAAUUCACCUUCUUCUGGUCUUGUUGGAAGUAUUUUCUCGUCAAGUGCAUCACUCACUUCUAAUAAUCUGACCGGUUUUGGUCAAACAGCGCCAUCCAUUUCAACACCUUUUCAACCUGCACAACCUGCACAGUCGAGCGGUGCUUUUGGCUUUAGCAACUUUGGCCAGACACAACCUGUGGGUGCAAGCAGCUUCGGUGGCACUCCAGGCCUAUUUGGUCAGAAUAAUUUUGGACUUGCGUCUUCUACCCAGAGUUCUGUGGUUGUACAAGCAGUUCCGAAUACAAAUCCAUUUGGAACACUUCCUGCAAUGCCUCAGAUGUCAAUUGGUCGAGUUGGAACCACUCCUUCAAUUCAAUAUGGAAUCUCUAGCAUGCCUGCACUAGACAAGCCUGCUCCUGUUAGAAUAUCAUCUUUAUUAACAUCUCGGCAUCUCUCACAAAGACGAAUAAGGCUUCCUGUCAGGAAAUAUCAUUCUAAGAAUGAUGGUCCUCGGGUUCCAUUCUUUAGUGAUGAUGAGGAUACUACAACGACACCCAAGGCCGAUGCUCUGUUCAUUCCUAGGGAAAAUCCAAGGGCGUUGAUCAUUAGUCCCAUGGAGCAGUGGCCGGCAAAGGCUUCUGAGAAGGGGUUAACUUUUAAGGAUAAAUCCAUACCCAGGAAUGAGAACGGGAAUAUCUCUAAAGAGGCAAGUGUAACACCUGAUAGAACCAGCUCACAAGACAAAGAUAAUAUUGGUGUAGAAAAUGGUGUUGUGAAGGAGCAAGGUCAGCAUACAGCGACAAAGCCAACUUCCAACGGGAACAAUGAAGAUCAUUCUUCACAAAAGGCAGACAUGUACAAGACACUGAGUGGUCACAGAGCUGGCGAGGCUGCCAUUGUGUAUGAGCAUGGGGCUGACGUUGAGGCACUAAUGCCAAAACUGCGGCGAUCUGAUUACUAUACACUGCCUAGGAUACAUGAACUGGCGGCCAAGGAAAGAGCCGAACCAGGAUUCUGCAGUCAUGUAAAGGAUUUCGUGGUUGGAAGGCAAGGCUAUGGCAGCAUCAGAUUCUUGGGUGAAACGGAUGUACGAGGGCUUGAUUUGGAGUCCCUGAUUCAGUUUAACAAUAGGGAGGUGAUUGUAUACAUGGAUGAUUCAAAGAAACCUCCUGUUGGACAAGGUCUGAAUAAGCCUGCUGAGGUCACACUACUCAAUAUCAAAUGCUUCGACAAAAAAACUGGACAUCAGUAUACAGAAGGACCAAAGAUUGAGAAAUACAAGGAGAUGCUCAAGAGAAAGGCUGAGGACCAAGGUGCUGAAUUUGUAUCAUAUGAUCCCACUAAAGGAGAGUGGAAGAUCAGGGUUAACCAUUUCAGCGUCUACAAGCUGCUCGAUGAUGUAAACAGUUGGAUAAAUCAUGAAGAUGACAACUAAUGGUUGGUUCAAUACAUUUGAUAGUUUCAGAACCUUAGUUCUGCUUUGAAAUGUAUUUUUCUAUUCCUGUAAAUCGUCAUUGUGUUGUGGUUAGAUGGCUAUAGCUUGGGGCAUCGUUGUUCAUUUGUUUCGUAUCUUGUUUUGGGGAUAUUUUAUACAUCUUACGGUUGGUUGGGGAUGUUCAAAUGUGGGUUUUCCAGCAUCAUUUUUUUCGCACUUCAAUUUUGAUUCCCAUACAUGUUAUGGUUAUUUUCAACUUC